UCCACCUAUCAUAAGGACUAGUAAAGAGGAGAAAUGCAGUAUUUUUUGUACUGAAUUAAUCAAUUGUGUGAUGCGUCAAAACGGGUUCUUGCGGAAGAAAAUCUUAUCACCAAAAUACAUAAUGGGUAUCAGUAUCAUCGCGUUGCUUAUAAUUUCAUCAUUUACAAUCCCAAACUUCGGUUAUGCUAAGAUGUCCUUGAGUGAUGACAUUGCCUUAAAUAAGCGUCAGUCUAUGUUAUAUGAUCAGGCCAUGGCUGGAAAACUUCAGAACACUGCUGAUCUAUAUCAUGAAAUAGAAAAUCUCAAACUUAAAGUCAAACAGCUGGAGAAAGGACAUAAAAUCUACCCUAGAGUUCCGAUGUUGAAUUACAAGGAUAGGAAAAGGAUUUUGAUUACAGGAGGUGCAGGUUUUGUUGGUUCCCACCUUGUGGAUAAGUUGAUGAUGCAAGGUCAUGAGGUAUAUGUUGUGGACAACUUCUUCACCGGCAGGAAAAAGAACGUUGAACAUUGGCUUGGACAUGAAAACUUUGAACUUAUACAUGCAGAUAUUGUAAAUCCCCUAUUUAUUGAAGUUGUAAAAAUAUAUCUAUCAUCUGCAUCCCUCACCCCCCCAACACAUUAUAACCCUGUGAAAUAAAAAACCAUAGGAACUAUUAAUAUUGUAGGUUUAGCAAAGAGAUGUAGGGCCAGGAUUCUUAUAUCCUCCACAUCAGAGGUGUAUGGAGACCCGGAAGUUCAUCCUCAGAAUGAAGAUUAUUGGGGUCAUGUGAACCCUAUAGGGCCACGGUCAUGUUAUGAUGAAGGUAAAAGAGCUGCCGAGAGUCUUAUGUAUGCUUACAAGAAACAGGAGCAAGUAGAGAUCAGAGUGGCUAGAAUAUUUAACACAUUUGGUCCACGUAUGCACAUGAACGAUGGUCGUGUGGUAUCUAACUUUAUACUGCAGGCUUUACAGGAUCAACCUAUCACUAUAUAUGGUAAAGGAGAGCAGACACGAUCAUUUCAAUAUGUAAGUGAUCUUGUAGACGGCCUUGAAGCAUUGAUGAACAGUGACUAUGAUCAGCCUGUCAAUAUUGGUAACCCUGAUGAAUACACAAUUAACCAGUUUGCUACAGCCAUUAAAGAAAGAGUAGGUGGCAAAAGUGUUAUUAUUCAUAAACAGUCAGUAACAGACGAUCCCAGUAGACGUAAACCAGACAUUCAAAGAGCUAAACAAUAUCUUAACUGGGAGCCUAAGAUAAAAGUAAUGGAUGGUGUAAACAAGACAAUAGAAUAUUUUAGACAAGAGCUUCGCCUGUCCAACAUGAUACCAUAGUGCCAUUCCAAACAUGUUUAGGGUAACAAGAAGGUAGAAAAUACUUCCUGUCAGAGUUAUUUCUUCCAUAUUGAAGCACCAAAGCUGAAAAAGACGGAAUAUUUCACUCUUGUGAAUGUGAAUUUUCUACAAAAUUUUGUUAAAUCGAGGGAAAAAAUACAAAAUAUUGUUUAUAUAAGUAUGAUUGACUCUGUAUAAUUUUGGGUCAUAGGGUGUUUUAAAUUUACUUAUAAACUUUAGAUUGACUGUAUUUUUAUCAUGGGAUUGGACUGACAUGAAGAUGGCCUAUCUCAAAAAUAAACUUUCAUGCUCAGCUUAAAUGGUUCUAUUAUUUGCUGAUAAAAAUGUCAACUAAAUUAAUUGCUUUGUUUUUGUGUCAAUCAAAUGACUUAUCAAUUUUGAAUGCAAGGCAACUCUUGCCAGUGACAUUUAUGCAGGAUAGAAAAAAAGGUCAGUUAUGAUGUUAGAUAGAGAUCAUUAAAUUUCUGUUUGUAAAGGACACUGCCUUUAUUUGGUAAAAGGGAAAUUACUCAGACUUGAAUAUUGUUAAAAAGGGACAUGAGUAGUUUCCCUUGAUAGAACUUCAAUAUAUUACAAUUCUU